CACAUCAUACUGUUUGUUGCAGCAUUCCUUUUCGCUGAUGCUGGUUUCGACGUGUGGAUGGGUAAUGUACGUGGGAAUAUUUACUCAACUGAACACGAGAAAUUCUCACGUUCUACUGACGAAUAUUGGAGAUUUUCAUGGGAUGAGAUGUCGAAAUACGAUUUGGACGCAAUGAUUAACAGAGUUUUACAAAUCACCAAACAACCUGACCUUUACUAUGUGGCACACUCACAAGGCACCUUAAUAAUGUUCACAAAACUCGCCACUGAUCAACAAUUUGCAACAAAGGUUCUGAAUGUUUACUGCUUAUUUCAUCCCAUUAAUGAAGCAUUUUGA